GCAGCAGCGGCGGCGGAGGCGGAGGCGGAGGCGGAGGCGCCCGGUCCCGGCCGCGCGGAGCGGACAUGUGCAGGCUGGGCUAGGAGCCGCCGCCUCCCCCCCGCCCAGCGAUGUAUUCAGCGCCCUCCGCCUGCACUUGCCUGUGUUUACACUUCCUGCUGCUGUGCUUCCAGGUACAGGUGCUGGUGGCCGAGGAGAACGUGGACUUCCGCAUCCACGUGGAGAACCAGACGCGGGCCCGGGACGACGUGAGCCGUAAGCAGCUGCGGCUGUACCAGCUCUACAGCAGGACGAGCGGCAAGCACAUCCAGGUGCUGGGCCGCAGGAUCAGCGCGCGUGGCGAGGACGGCGACAAGUAUGCCCAGCUCCUAGUGGAGACGGACACCUUCGGUAGCCAAGUGCGGAUCAAGGGCAAGGAGACGGAGUUCUACCUGUGCAUGAACCGCAAAGGCAAGCUCGUGGGGAAGCCUGAUGGCACCAGCAAGGAGUGUGUGUUCAUCGAGAAGGUGCUGGAGAACAACUACACGGCUCUGAUGUCUGCCAAGUACUCUGGCUGGUAUGUGGGCUUCACAAAGAAGGGGCGGCCUCGCAAGGGCCCCAAGACCCGGGAGAACCAGCAGGAUGUGCACUUCAUGAAGCGCUACCCCAAGGGGCAGGCAGAGCUGCAGAAGCCCUUCAAGUACACGACGGUGACCAAGCGGUCUCGGAGGAUCCGCCCCACACACCCUGGCUAGGCCGAGGCCUGAGGCCCCCCGGACCCACUCACACUCCCCGAGAACGGCAUCAGAGGAAUAUUUUUACACGAAAAAUAAGGAAGAAGCUCUAUUUUUGUACAUUUGUGUUUAAAAGAAGACAAAAAAAAAAAAAAACUGAACCAAAACUCUUGGGGGGAGGGGCGAUGGGAUUUUACUGUUGACUUGAAACCCCCGGUGACAAGACUCACGCAGAGGACUGCUGUCAGCCCACGGGUGCCUGCCCCUCUCGCUGCAGGAGUGCAGCUCUAACUUGUCCCCAGAGGACUCAACGAGGGAGCCGACACUCCGAGAAACCAAAGUUCUUUUUCCCAAAGGUUCUGAAAGCAAAGAAAGAAGGAAAAGAAUAAAGAAAAAAAAAAAAAAAGAGAGAAAGUAGGGCCCCUUCCCACAACGUCCCCAUGUCCCCAGCCCAGCCCUGCCCAGACUCAACAAAAAUCGCUCUCUGGUUUGCAGUCAGUUAUUUAUUGUCUGCUGUCCCGAGACACCGCGCAGGGGAGGCGCCCAGCGCUCCGCGCCCGACUCCGACGACAGACGGCCUCGUCCAGCCGCGGCGCCCUGCGCGUGCGCGGUGCUGGAGGACGCUGCUGUGGACCUUCUCGCUCACGUGACUAGUACACCAAUGAUAAGGGGAUACUUUAAAACCAGCUAUAUUAUAUAUAUAUUAUAUAUAUAAGCUAUUUAUUUCACCUCUCUGUAUAUUGCAGUUUCAUGAACAAGUAUUACUGCCUCAACAAUUAAAAACAACCGACAAAUUAUUUAAAAAUC